AAGUGGAUCAGUUAGUUUGCAAACGUUGAGGUGUUCAGUUCUAACUUUUUUCGGACGAGUGUGACGAGUCGAAAUUUGCUUGUCGCUUUAUGCGUAUUUAUAUUUGUUUUCAAAGUGUUUGAAUAAUUAUUAAAUUGUACUCACAAAAUGUUAUCGCAUUAUCUAAUGCCAAUGAUGGGACGUUCGUUGAGGGCGACUUCGUUAAGGCGAUAUGCGGCAGCGGUGCCACAGCCCCAGUUAAGUGAAAAAGCUAUUGCUUCGGAUAAUUUGGAAAAUGCGCGUCCGUUUUCGGAGAUGCCCGGUCCAAGCAAAUAUGAACUAAUACGUGGUUUUAUGCCAGGAGGGGAAUAUACUAAGCAACCAUUUAUGGAAGCAAUAGGAAAAAUGCAAAAACCGUACGGCGACAUUUUCCACUUUCCCGCCAUAUUCGGCAAACCGCAAACGGUAAUAGAUCUAAAUCCAGCAGACUAUCCCAUCAUAUUCCGCAAUGAAGGGAUAUGGCCUGAGCGCCGUGGCUUCGAGACAUUCGCCUACCAUCGGAACGUACAUCGCGCAGACUUCUUUCAAGGCAUUAAUGGACUUGUCUCAACAGCUGGCGAGGAUUGGGCCAAAAUUCGCACAGCAGUUAAUCCGAUUUUGAUGCAGCCGAAAAAUGCCAGACUUUACCUGAAUACGAUAUUGGAAAUUAACGAUGAGUUCCUAGAAAGAAUUCGUGACACACGUGAUCCGGAUACACUCGAAGUACCUGGUGACUUCCACGACGAUAUCAAUCGUCUAACAUUGGAAGGCAUUGUGGGUGUUGCACUCAACACUCGUCUGGGCAUGAUACAUAAAAAUCGUGACAGUGCCGAAUGUAAAUUACUUUUGAAAUCGAUACGCAACUUUUUUGACUACUCCGAAGAUUUGGAAAUAAAACCAUCCUUUUGGAAGAUCGUCAAAACACCAAAAUUCUACAAGCUGAUGGACACAUUAGAUACCCUAACUGAUCUAUGUAACACUUACAUUGAUCAGGCGCUGAGGCAAAUUGAAUCAGAUAAAGAUGGCAAACUUACCUCAGAGGUGGGUAAGGAGAAGAGUGUAUUGGAGAAACUAUUGCGCAUUGAUCGUCGAAUCGCUGUGGUAAUGGCGCUAGACAUGAUGAUGGCUGGAGUUGAUACGACAAGCUCCACCUUGGCUGGCAUCCUAUUAUGUAUUGCCAAGAAUCCCGACAAACAAGCUAAACUCUUCGAGGAGCUCAAGCGUAUACUGCCAAACAAAGAUUCCCAAUUGAGUAUAGAGAAUAUGCAAAAUCUACCUUAUUUGCGCGCUUGUAUUAAAGAGGGCAUGCGCUAUCAUCCCAUAACUGCGGGCACAAUACGUCGCCUACCUACCGAUGUGGUGUUGAGUGGCUAUCACAUUCCAGCUGGAGUUGAUGUCUCGGUCAGUUCGAAUUUAUUGUUGCGCAAUGAACAUUUUGUGAAGGAGCCGAAUAAAUACAUGCCCGAACGUUGGUUACGCAAUGACGCCGAAGGCAAGAAAUAUCAGAUAGAAAAUCCAUUUCUAUAUCUUCCUUUCGGUUUCGGUCCACGCAGCUGUGUGGGUAAACGUAUUGUUGAUCUGGAGUUGGAGGUGACUUUGGCGCGUUUGGUGCGCAAUUUCGUAAUUGAAUUCAACUAUCCCACGGAGAACGCUUUCAUACUCAAAAUUGUUAAUAUCCCAGCUAUACCACUGAAAUUUAAGUUUGAGGAGAGGAAGGAAUAAUGCGGAGAUAAAGCAAUGGUAUAGGUAGAUAUACAAUAGAAAUGAAGAAAGGAAUUGAAUUGAAAGCUGUUUGAAAUUUGUAAAUAUGAUCGAUUUCACCUAUAUACACACAUGUAUGUGCAGAUAUGUAAAUAUACUAAUUAUGUAUCUAUGUGUAAGCAUGUAAGGGCUAACAAAGAAAGCCAAAUACUUACUUGUUGCGAUAAGCCGAUAAGGGUGCACUCAGUGUAAGCUAAGUAUUAUAUUGUAUAUUGUGGGAAGUGAUUCGAGAAAUGUAAAUAAUAAGAAAUUAUCAAUUUAUUCAGUAUUAGCUGUCAUAAAAAGGAAUAAAAAACAUUUUUUUAUGUACUUA